ACACACCCACUCAUACUUUAUAUUGCAUGCACUGCACACGUUGCACCGGCACCAGUCACGACGUCCGUUGCUCUAGCUCUCGAGAUCUCCGCAUUUCAUUUGCUUCCGGUAUCUCGUCUGACUUCGGCUGUACCACGGCAAAAUCUCUCCAAAAUCAACCAUGGCUGAACCAGUUGCUGAUAUUGCCCUCAUUGGCUUGGCCGUCAUGGGCCAAAACCUUGUCCUCAAUAUGAACGAUCAUGGCUUUGUGGUAUGCGCUUUUAACCGUACCGUCGAGAAGGUCGAUCGUUUCUUGGAGAAUGAAGCCAAGGGUACCAAGGUUGUAGGAGCCAAGUCGCUUGAAGACAUGGUCAGCAAACUCAAGAAACCUCGUCGGGUCAUGAUGCUUGUCAAGGCCGGAAGUGCUGUAGAUGCCUUCAUCGAUAAACUGGUCCCUCUCCUUGAGAAAGGUGAUAUCAUCAUUGAUGGUGGAAACUCUGAAUUCCAAGACAGUCAGAGGAGAGUGAAGGCUCUGGAAGAGAAGGGCUUGCUGUUUGUUGGUAGCGGUGUAAGCGGAGGAGAAGACGGUGCCCGCUAUGGUCCCUCUCUCAUGCCUGGAGGCUCCCCGAAAGCAUGGCCCUUCAUCAAGGAUAUCUUUCAGGGGAUCUCAGCCAAGGUGGGCAGCGAGCCAUGCUGCGAUUGGGUCGGUGAGGAUGGAGCCGGUCACUUCGUGAAGAUGGUGCACAACGGUAUCGAGUAUGGUGAUAUGCAGCUGAUCUGUGAGGCCUAUAACCUGAUGAAGGAUGUACUAGGCAUGUCAUGUGAUGAAAUGAGCAAGGUAUUCGAAGACUGGAACAAAGGAGAACUUGAUUCAUUCUUGAUUGAGAUCACCAAAGAUAUCUUGGCUUUCAAGGAUACCGAUGGACAGUAUCUCGUUGAGAAGAUCAGGGACAGGGCUGGACAGAAAGGCACAGGAAAGUGGACAGCCAUUUCUGCUCUGGAUUAUGGUAUGCCUGUUACGCUCAUCGGUGAGGCUGUGUUUGCUCGUUGUCUCUCUGCUAUCAAGGAUGAGAGAGUGGAGGCUAGCAAGCAACUCCAGGGACCUGCUGCUACACCAUUUACAGGAGACAAGACACAGUUCAUUGAAGACAUCAGACAGGCCCUCUAUGCUUCAAAGAUCGUAUCAUAUGCUCAGGGAUUCAUGUUGCUGAGAGAGGCAGCUAAGAUCUAUAACUGGAAGCUCAACUAUGGAGGUAUCGCUCUGAUGUGGAGGGGAGGUUGUAUCAUCCGUAGUGCAUUCUUGGGCAACAUCAAGGCUGCAUUUGAGAAGAACCCUGACCUUACCAAUCUCCUACUCGAUGACUUCUUCAAGAAUGCUAUCCACAAAUGCCAGGCAUCAUGGCGUAAGGUUCUAGCAACAGCAGUUACCAUCGGAGUUCCAACCCCAGCUUUCAGCACCGCCUUGGCCUUCUAUGAUGGCUAUCGUUCAGCUCGUCUUCCAGCCAAUCUUAUACAGGCUCAGCGUGACUACUUUGGUGCACAUACCUAUGAACUCCUCUCAGACCCGGGCAAGUUUGUUCACACCAACUGGACUGGUCAUGGAGGAAACGUUUCAUCUAGUACUUACAAUGCUUAGAGUCCUUCUUCCACUCAAGCAGUAUAUUAUCAACAAGCACACUCUCCUGAACAUAUGGUAGCAUUUCCAAAAACAACUGAUUUUGAGCUACUAAUGCAAAGUUGGUUAACUAUAUCUUCAUAAACAGAAGGAGGUGAUAACAAUUCCAAGUCUACUUCUUUUCAAUCAAAACUCUAGAUAAUUUUAUAUCCCAUGGUACUUUUGGAGGGGUUAUUUGGCUGCAUAAAAGUUGCUAUUAUGGUAACGACGAUGUUAAUUACCAUGGUAACGAUGCAAAAUAGUCAGUUAAAAUGAAGGAUUUCAUGUAAAUUCAAUUUUGGAAAGCAAAGAUGUCAUAAUAGUCGCAUUUAUGCCACAGGGCCUUUAUUAUGGUACAUAUAAUCUAUAUGAACCAGUGCACAAAAAUUGGCCUUGCCAGGAAAGAGGAGGGGAGCCGUGCUUGUUGGAAGUACUAAAGCUGACAUAGAACUUAAGCAUUGUUUUCUUAAAAAAUGGAUGUUAUAUAAUUUUAUACUACAGAGAUAUAAAAAAAGAUUAAUUCAAUAUACUUCUAGAAGACUUUCUAUGAGAUUGCAAAGCACAUUUUCUAUACGAGAUAACAGAUGGCAUAUGAGUGGUGCUUAAUGCUAGCUUAGUAGGCGGUGUAUUAUUAAUUUUGGUUUAACCAUAUUUAUUUUCGAUGUUCGUAUUUUGUCUCAUGCUAGUUGAGUUCACCAACAUCCGGGAACAUGGUUCACAUUAGAUUUGUUACGAUUCUGAAUUGCUCAUUAUAUUAAAAUUUGAUUACAUUUUUUCUUAAGUAGAUUAAAAAGGCUUUCAAGUGGAAGAUUAUUUUAUGUAUAAAUUUGCUUGUUCCUUGAUGCAAUUCUAGUCAGGCUAUAUGUGCAUUAAAUGUUAUGCUGACUUUAAACAGAGAUACAUGAGCUAAAUUCUGCUCAAUAAUCACAGUACUGGUUGGCUAUUUCUUGUCGGUCACUGAAACAUUUUUCAAUCAUGAGGAUUUAAAAUUCUAUCUUUCUUUAUCCCAUAUAUCAGACUAAUUCAUUUACUUGAAAGGGGAAAACAUGUCUUUUCAACUAUCAGAAAAAGUUCACGUAAUAAAAUCACAUAUACUCCAGGAUGGUAUAGGUAAUUUCACUGCAUUCUUGACCACUCCAUACAAAUACAAUACACUAUACUAGUGUAUUUCAUGAGCUCAGAACAGCAAUGAUACUGUGUUAUUUUGGUGAGUGAAUAAUACUUGUAUUGGCAGAGCUGUAUACAUUCCACUUGACUUGAAUAACAGUCUGCUGCAUGUCAACUUAUAUCAUUUUCCCCCUUCAAUGUUUACAUAUUUGAUAGUUUUAUUUAAAUGUCCAAUAAGGGAGAUGUGAAUAACAUGCAAGUCAUGUGUGGUAUAAGCACAGGGUUGCAUGGGUUUGGUUUACUUGAAGUCCCAUAACAAUAGUGGAUGCGCAAAAUGGGAAAGAAACUGAAAAUCGUGUGAUUAAAUAAGAAUAGAUCUAAUCAUCUUGCAUUACUGAAUGAUUUAUCCGUAUUUUAGGCUGCAAAGAUUGCUGACAAUGUCCUGCUUAGACUGUAUACAUGUACAUAAUGCUGUAUCAUUUUCAUACUAAAUGGUAUUUUUUGUAUUGAGGAAAUAAAAUGAAAAUUUUGGUUGUUUUCUUACCAAGUAAACCAAAACUCAUCUUGAAAGUCAACUCAGGGGGAUGUUUCACAAAGAUUUAAGUAUGACAUAGAAUCGCACUUUAUUGCCGACGCGUACAUGAUAUGCAACUUGCAAUCUUACUGAUCGAUUCACAACAGUGCGCCUCUUCUUUGCAUGAUGUCACCAAUGCAGUCAUGCCUAAGUCAUACUUAAAUCUCUGUGAUACAACCCCCGGAUCAUGUAAGAUAAUUUUGUUAUUUGAUCAGUUUCAAAUUGCCUGCCUCUCGCUGACUACAUCUUUUUCUAUUUAGGCUGUGUUGUUGUUUUUUGUCAUCAGUACUAUAGCACUAAAACAUGUUACUGUCCUAUGCAAAAUGAUAGUGUAAUUGAUAUGAUUAUGUCAUAUUAAUUAGAAUUAUGAUUUAUUUUCUUCACAGCCACUCUGUUGUACCUAUACUGACACGAGUCUUCAAAGACCAAAUUCUACACUGUUUUGAUUGUAUUAUAUUUUAGUACUCUCCCGAUGCUUAUCAUGAAAAUAAAAGAAAAUUAAUCAGAGUCUAACUGGAA